AUGAGAGCAGAACUACAGGAAAAGGAUCCUUCCACCAGAUCAAUCUAUCCUGAUCAAGCAAUUCCUCCACAAGUGCAUUGCAGAACUUCUCCUGAUGCUCCCUGGCUUGCCAGAAUCUCAGGAUCAACAGAACUUGUGAGUUUUACUAUGCCUUCUUUUGAUAACCCAGAAGUCCAUCUUCAGAAAUGGAAUCCAGUAGAAAUGACACCACAGAUAAUCAGUCAUUUAACUAUGCAUGAUUCACUGCUCCCACCAGAACAGGACACAGCUGGCCCAGACUCUGGACCUCCACUGCAUUCUUCAGUCAGAGUGACUGUCAGUGGUGGAGGGUGUUGCAAGACCUGUGAGUGUCCCCAAAGUGUGGAAAAUGCCCAUAUGCCUAUUCAGGCUCCCAGAGGACUACUAACUGCCUACACCUUCAGCUCCCCAAGAGAGGUUAAUUGGAAUCUCGACCCUCAGGCAGCAGCUGGGCAAGUAUCUGUGGAGAGGUGUGUGUCGAGUGACCGGCUUGUUCCCAAUACAGAGUCACGAAAGGCCUCGCGGGGACCAGCCCCAGGCGGGAGCAUCCUGGCGUCGAGUCUCCUGGCCGCGGCCCCGCCUUCCCACCUCUACCGCUUCCGCCCGCGGUCGCCCGCCCAGCGCGCCAAUCGGAAGCGCGGGCGCCGUAACAGGCGGUCGGCGGGGCUGUGGCGCCGCGCGGGCAAGGGGGCGUGCGGAGCGAGCGGCGGGCGGGCGCGCAGUCGGCAGCGCGGCGCCGAGGUCGGCGCGUCGCGUUCUGGCCGAGCCAGCGGCGAUAUCCUGAGGCGGCGGCCCGCACAGGUGGGCUGCGGCGCGCCUGCGGGGGACGGGGUAGCCGCGCGAGAUUCGGGGCGGGGUCAGAGGCUGUUCGCUGCGCUGUGGCGUUGGGGCGUUUUUCAGCAACAAGCUUUAGAACUAGCUUUGGAUCGUGCGGAGUAUGUCAUUGAAAGUGCCCGACAGAGACCUCCUAAAAGGAAAUACCUAUCUAGUGGAAGAAAAUCUAUAUUUCAAAAACUUUAUGAUUUAUAUAUUGAAGAAUGCGAAAAAGAGCCUGAGGUUAAGCAGAAAUUAAGAAGAAAUGUGAACUUGUUAGAGAAGCUUGUUAUGCAGGAGACAUUGUCAUGUUUAGUGGUCAACCUAUACCCAGGAAAUGAGGGAUAUUCUCUGAUGCUCAGGGGAAAAAAUGGAUCAGAUUCUGAGACCAUUCGACUGCCUUAUGAAGAAGGGGAAUUACUUGAAUACUUGGAUGCAGAAGAAUUACCUCCUAUUUUGGUUGAUCUCCUAGAAAAAUCUCAGGUUAAUAUUUUUCACUGUGGAUGUGUCAUAGCAGAAAUACGUGACUACAGGCAGUCCAGUAACAUGAAAUCUCCUGGUUACCAAAGUAGGCACAUUCUCUUACGUCCAACAAUGCAAACUUUAAUCUGUGAUGUACAUUCAAUAACAAGUGAUAACCAUAAAUGGACCCAGGAAGACAAACUUUUGCUUGAGAGCCAACUGAUUCUAGCUACAGCUGAACCACUGUGUCUUGAUCCUUCUGUAGCUGUAACCUGCACUGCGAACAGGCUGCUCUAUAACAAGCAAAAGAUGAACACGCGCCCAAUGAAACGGUGUUUCAAGAGAUAUUCCAGGUCCUCUCUGAAUCGGCAGCAGGAUCUGUCUCAUUGUCCACCUCCUCCUCAGCUAAAAUUACUUGAUUUCUUACAAAAGAGAAAGGAAAGAAAAGCAGGUCAGCAUUAUGACCUCAAAAUUUCUAAAGCAGGAAACUGUGUAGAUAUGUGGAAACGGAGUCCCUGUAAUUUGGCCAUACCUUCUGAAGUGGAUGUGGAAAAAUAUGCCAAAGUGGAAAAAUCUAUCAAAUCUGAUGACUCACAACCAACAGUCUGGCCAGCCCAUGAUGUAAAAGAUGACUAUAUAUUUGAAUGUGAAGCUGGUAAUCCAUAUCAGAAAACAAAGCUGACCAUUUUGCAGUCACUUGGUGAUCCACUUUACUAUGGUAAAAUACAGCCAUGUAAAGAAGAUGAAGAGAAUGACAGUCAGAUGUCUCCAUCCCAGUUCAUUAUUGGAUCAAAGACUGAUGCUGAGAGAGUAGUCAGUCAGUACCAGGAACUGGUACAGAACGAAGCCAAAUGUCCAGUGAAGAUGUCGCAUAGCUCCAGUGGCUCAGCGAGCUUGAGUCAGCCUUCGCCAGGGAAGGAAACAGAACAGCCUGAGACCCUGUCAGUUCAGUCUUCAGUACUGGGGAAGGGAGUAAAACAUCGACCUCCACCCAUCAAACUUCCCUCAAGCUCAGGAAAUAGUUCCUCAGGUAACUAUUUUACACCACAACAGGUCAGCAGCUUUCUUAAAUCUCCAACUCCUCCUCCUGCUUCUAAGCCACCAAGUCUUUCUCGGAAGUCAUCCAUGGAUCUCAGUCAAGUUAGCAUGCUUUCUCCAGCUGCCCUGUCACCUGCCAGUUCAUCACAAAGAUCUGGAACUCCUAAGCCAUCUACUCCUACACCAACCCCUUCAUCGACCCCACACCCUCCUGAUGCUCAGAGCUCAACUCCUAUUACCCCUUCAGCUACCCCUACUCCCCAAGAUUCAGGCUUCACCCCUCAGCCCACUUUGUUAACUCAGUUUGCUCAGCAGCAAAGGUCUCUGAGCCAGGCAAUGCCUGUAACAACCAUUCCUCUUUCCACCAUGGUAACAUCUAUAACUACAGGAACCACGGCCACCCAAGUCAUGGCAAACUCUGCUGGACUUAACUUCAUCAAUGUAGUGGGCUCUGUUUGUGGAGCUCAAGCUUUGAUGAGUGGUUCAAACCCUAUGCUGGGCUGUAACACUGGUGCCAUAACUCCUGCAGGAAUAAACUUGAGUGGCCUUCUACCCUCAGGAGGUCUGCUACCAAAUGCAUUGCCCAGUGCAAUGCAGGCAGCUUCUCAAGCAGGUGUUCCAUUUGGUUUAAAAAAUACUUCAAGUCUCAGGCCCUUAAAUCUACUCCAGCUUCCAGGUGGCUCGCUCAUUUUUAACACACUGCAGCAGCAGCAGCAGCUUUCUCAGUUUACACCACAGCAACCUCAGCAACCCACAACUUCUAGUCCUCAACAGCCAGGGGAGCAGGGUUCUGAACAAAGUGGUACCAGUCAAGAACAGGCCUUAUCUGCUCAGCACACUGCAGUUAGUAACCUUGCUGGAGUAGGAAGUUACAUGCAGUCACAGGCAGCUGUGUUGUCUCAGCUUGGCUCUGCCGAGAACAGACCUGAGCAAAGCCUUCCUCAGCAGAGAUUCCAGCUCUCCUCUGCCUUUCAACAGCAGCAGCAACAGAUCCAACAGCUGCGGUUCUUGCAGCAUCAGAUGGCUAUGGCGGCGGCGGCAGCAGCACAGACAGCUCAGCUACAUCGGCAUCGGCAUACAGGCAGCCAGUCAAGAAGUAAAACGAAGAGAGGCACGCCAACCACUCCAAAAUUCUGAGUCUUGCAUUAUUUUUUUUCUUUUUAAAAACGUAAGAGCAUUGAAUCAAAAGGAUUGAGUUUCUACUUCGUUUUUGUUUUUUAACAUGUGUCAGUAUUUUACAUUGCUAGAUAUACACACUUUAUACAGAAGCACAACCCUAUGAUUUUUAAAUAAAAACAGGGAAAUGGUUUAACGAACCAUUAGGGUGGGUUUGCCUAAGUCAUUGCUUUUUAAAAACGGUUUCACUGUACAUAAUACAGAAGUGACCUAAGAAAUACUAGAAACAUCUUUCAGAAGAAUGUAGUUUGAUAUUUAUUUAGUAUAAAAGGUUUGUGCACAGU